AUGGCCGACGAGCUCGAUGCCAGCGCUGUGCGCGGUAAGAUCACUCUUCUGCCUGGUUAUGACACCGAACUAUCAGCUGUGACGUUUUGUAUUAUGGAUGAAGACCAUACCAUGGGCAAUGCAUUGCGAUACAUGUUAAUGAAAGACCCACGCGUCGAAUUCUGUGGAUACACGCUUCCGCAUCCAUCCGAAAAUAAGAUUCACAUGCGUGUACAAAUGCUAGAAAACUCUUCCACGUCGGCCGUGACGGCGAUGCGAGAUGCGCUGGACAACUUAGACCAGCUCUUUGCCACGAUCGAUGCGACAUACAACACGAGCCUGACGACCUCGGGUAUUGAGCGUGAAGCUGCCCCUGUGCCUCGAGUGCCUCUACGAAACGAGUUUUCUGCAUAG